AAGGCGACCUGGAGGGGGACUCCUCGAGGCGAUGCCUGGGCUCAGCUCCACCUCUGGUCCUGGGUCUGCAUCCUGGCUCCCGGACAUGCUGGAGUCCGCACUGCUCGCCUUGGACCUCUUAUUUCGGAGCCUGGGGUGGCGGUGAUGGUGUGGGGGCUUGGCCGAACCCCGCCGAGGAGAGGGAGAGACCUGCACCCGCACGUCGCUGCGCCGGAGGCUCCUCUCGCGGGCCAGACUGAGCGACCAUGGCAGACAAGGAGGCCGGUGGCAGCGACACCGGGUCCCGAGAAACAGCCCCCACAUCUGCAUAUUCAUCUCCAGCCCGGAGUCUUGGAGAUACAGGAAUAACACCUCUCUCUCCAUCCCACAUUGUGAAUGAUGCCGACUCCAAUGUCUCAGACCAGCAGACAUUUCUUGUGGUGGUGGCCAUCGACUUUGGGACCACAUCCAGCGGCUAUGCCUACAGUUUCACCAAAGAGCCAGAAUGCAUCCAUGUGAUGAGGCGAUGGGAAGGAGGUGACCCUGGUGUGUCCAACCAGAAGACCCCGACCACCAUGUUGCUGACCCCUGAGAGGAAGUUCCAUAGCUUUGGCUAUGCCGCCAGGGACUUCUACCAUGACCUGGAUCCCAAUGAGGCCAAGCAGUGGCUGUACCUGGAGAAGUUCAAGAUGAAGCUGCACACCACAGGGGACCUCACCAUGGAUACAGACCUGACGGCAGCAAAUGGGAAGAAAGUCAAAGCCCUUGAAAUCUUUGCUUAUGCCCUGCAGUACUUUAAGGAGCAGGCCCUGAAGGAGCUGAGUGACCAGGCGGGGUCUGAGUUCGAGAAUGCUGAUGUCAGAUGGGUCAUCACAGUGCCUGCCAUCUGGAAGCAGCCGGCCAAGCAGUUCAUGAGACAAGCUGCCUACCAGGCGGGCCUGGCCUCCCCAGAAAACUCAGAGCAGCUCAUCAUUGCCUUGGAGCCUGAGGCGGCCUCCAUCUACUGCCGGAAGCUGAGGCUGCACCAGAUGAUUGAGCUGAGCAGCAAGGCGGUGGUCAAUGGGUACAGCGCCAGUGACACAGUAGGAGCGGGGUUUGCACAGGCUAAGGAACACGUACGGCGUAAUCGACAGAGUCGGACCUUUUUGGUGGAGAAUGUCAUAGGAGAAAUCUGGUCUGAGCUGGAGGAAGGUGACAAGUAUGUGGUUGUGGACAGUGGUGGAGGCACCGUGGAUCUGACAGUUCACCAGAUUCGGUUACCAGAGGGACACCUGAAGGAACUGUAUAAAGCCACAGGUGGACCCUAUGGAUCCCUGGGAGUAGAUUAUGAAUUUGAAAAACUUCUGUGUAAAAUAUUUGGAGAGGAUUUUAUUGAGCAAUUCAAAAUCAAACGGCCUGCCGCCUGGGUUGACUUAAUGAUCGCAUUUGAGUCUCGCAAAAGAGCAGCCGCCCCGGAUAGAACCAACCCGCUGAACAUCACCCUGCCCUUUUCCUUCAUCGACUACUACAAGAAGUUCCGUGGGCACAGUGUGGAGCACGCCUUGCGGAAGAGCAAUGUGGACUUUGUGAAGUGGUCCUCCCAGGGGAUGCUGAGGAUGAGUCCCGAUGCCAUGAAUGCCCUUUUUAAGCCAACCAUUGACAGCAUCAUCGAGCACCUUCGGGAUCUGUUCCAGAAGCCUGAGGUGUCCACAGUCAAGUUCCUCUUUCUGGUGGGUGGCUUUGCUGAGGCACCCCUCCUGCAGCAAGCUGUGCACACUGCCUUCGGCGACAGGUGCCGGAUCAUCAUUCCCCAAGAUGUGGGCCUCACCAUCCUUAAGGGUGCUGUCCUGUUCGGCCUGGACCCUGCCGUGAUCAAAGUGCGCCGGUCCCCGCUCACCUACGGGGUGGGUGUGCUGAACCGGUACGUGGAGGGCAAGCACCCGCCUGAGAAGCUGCUGGUGAAGGACGGCACUCGCUGGUGCACUGAUGUCUUCGACAAGUUCAUCUCUGCUGACCAAUCCGUGGCCCUGGGGGAGCUGGUCAAGCGUAGCUACACCCCAGCUAAGCCCUCCCAGCUGGUCAUAGUCAUUAACAUCUACAGCUCCGAGCACGACAGCGUCAGUUUCAUCACUGACCCAGGGGUCAAGAAGUGCGGCACACUGCGCCUGGAUCUCACAGGGACCGGAGGCACGGCGGUGCCCGCCCGGAGGGAAAUCCAGACCCUCAUGCAGUUCGGGGACACCGAGAUCAAGGCCACAGCUGUCGAUAUAGCCACCUCGAAAAGCGUCAAAGUGGGGAUCGACUUCUUAAAUUACUAGCCAUGCCCCCCAGCCCCUGCCACUGGACUCAGCUCAUCUGCAUCUGCUGACUCACCCUGACUGUCCUCCCGGACCUUCUUACUGCCUACCCAAAUUUCAUCAGGAAAAUGGAAAGAACCAGGGCAAGAAGUAACUGCAGAGUUUUUGAGGGCACACUGGAGUCAGACAUUAAAAUUUAGGUGUGGGAAUAGGAAAUCCAAGGAUCCUAGCAGACCGGUUGGUUUUCUUACAUAGCAGCGUGGUGAACGAGCUACCCGACACGGGAAUCAGUACUCUUCUGAAGCCGUGGUCAGGUUGUCCUUUGAACACAUCUUGGUUAAGUAGAACUUAGGAUGCCCCAUUACCGUCUUUCUAGAUUUGAAGUGAAGUUUUUGAAUAGGAAGGAACUCUUCAUUUGAGAUCUUUUUAAUUGUUUUGAGAUGGUAGUAUAAAAUGCCACCCAUCUGCAGUUAAUUUCUGCCCGUCAGCAUGGCAUGAAAGUGGCGGUUCAGUGGGAGUCUGGAGUGUUUUUAGCAGGUGGAAGAAAUGCCUGUGCUGGCCGCUAUUUUAGGUUCUCAUAUACUUUAAAUUCCAAAGAGGUGUGGGAAGAAGCCUUGGUUGACCCGCUAGGAUUGGGGGGAGUACAAGUGGUAAUACAUCAUCUUUUUAGCAGAUAAAAAUUUGCUGCAGUGGAAAUAGAUUUUGAAGAGCCAACUUAUAGUAGAUGCCUCUGAUCUGUGGGAAUACAUGCCAGGAUGUCCAGCCUGAAAUCACAGAUAGUGUGGAACCCCGUGUCUUCUAUGUUUUGCCCUAUACUUAUAUACCUAUGAGACAGUAGUUUAUAAAUUAGGCCCAGCAAGAGAUGAAUGACAGUAAUAAAAACCGGACAAUCAUGAAAGUUCACUGUAAUGAAAUUUAUACGAAUGUAGUGUCUCUCAGAAUAUCCUGUUGUCCUAUGCUGCAUUUCUGGAUUGUGGUUGACAGUAGUUAACUGAAACCACAGCAAAUGAAGCCAUGGAUAAGGGGAAACUACUGCAUGAGUUGUGCUAUAAUUUGUAAUGUAUUACACCAAAUCCUGGUUUCCAUAGGUAAUUCUAGUUAACCUGGCAGGAAUUGGGUGUGAGAAAAUGAGGUUGCCAUUAGUCUUGUUCAUUUCACCUAGCCCAAAAGUCUAGAGUAGCCCUGUGCUUUGAAAACGUACCAAUUUUAAAUGAAACCCUCCCACCUGCCCUGCUUUCUCUCUGAGUUCUGGCUUUUUGUCUCUGCACUGUGAAAGGAGUGCAUUGGUGAAACACGAAAGAAGAAUCCCGUCCCAUAAAUGCUUUAUUAAACUUUUGUUUCCAGAUCUGCUCGAAAAAUGAUGUGUAGCUCUGUACUUCAAGGAUGAAGCUGGGUUUUUGUUACUUUUAGUUUUUCCUGAAGCAAGUGGCUCACUUGCAUCAGAUUGUCUGGUGCUUGAUAAAAUGAAGCUAACUUGGGAGAGGAAGGCUAGAACCCUCGUUUUUUUGGGGAGUGGAUCUGUACCACAGGUGACUGUGCUUCAAUUGGAAUUUGGGAAUUACUAUCUUUAGGUUUUGUCAAAGCUGAGAUACAGACCUCAGGCUGCACUCUCCAUCCGAAAUCCCGUAGGGAAGAGGAUCCACCCCACACCUUGUCCUCUUAGUGGAGCUGGGCCUACACCGUGCCUGGGGAGGGCCCUUUUCACUGUCACAGAAAAGUUCUGAGGAGGGAAAAGAUGGUAAGAAAGGAGCCCCAAGAACAGGAUUGACUGGAGAAUUGUGACUACAUUCUCUCCUUCCCCACGGCACAAAGCUAGCUUCCUCUAACAUUCAAGAGCCAACUGAGGACAAAGAAUCAAGAAUCUGACUCAGUCCAUAUCAUCUGUUCCAAGCUGUCUUUUCCACCUGCUGGAAUUCAUCCCAAUUUCCAAUCACUGGAGGCAUGCAUAAUGAAUGAGUAGAGAACCAGAGAAGGAACUUCAGAUGCAAGUUGGAUUCACAAACCCAUUAUCAUAGCCAAUAUGCAGAUCUUAAAUAGCAUCUCAAACCUCAUUUUAAUGUCUUCUUUUUCACAUUGCCUGCUGCACAUUCUCUGCUAGACUGUGAAACGUGAACAAACCACAGAACUAGGGAAUGUGAGAUUUUGCAUCCAGGCACCAAGGUGUGUUUGCUAGGGGUCUCCUGCUGCUCACUGCUUCGGAAGCUCAAUGUCAUGGGUCCUUAUUUGGUGUUGCUAGCUAUCAUCUACAAAGAAGACUUCAGUUUAGUUAGGAGUAAUAUAAUUUUAUGUACAUACAGUAUUAGAAUCUUGUACAGAGUCUUUAUUUCUACAAUGUGCUAUUGUUUAAAAAAAGGAAAAUGCUUCUUAAUUUCUGUUGCUGAUAAUUGCUACCCUUAAUCUUCCAGUUUCGUUUCUAAAUGGCUCUCACUAAUUGUUGAUUGUGCCAUUAUCAAGCGAUGGACUAUGUACACAAGCCUGAGCCAUAGACAGAGGAGCCUAGGCUGAGAAAACACCUGGCUCAACAGCUUUGCUGGACCCUCCCACACGUGCAUCCCUUCCCAGAGUCGCAAGUUAUAGUUAAGGCAAAGUCCCAAUUUUCCUGUCCAGACCUUGAGAACUGAAAGCAAUGUGACUAUGCAGAAAAAUCUAUGAAAACUCAGUAUCUGGUGGGGUUGUUGACCACUCCUGGUGGGGCAAAGUGGUCACCUGAGUACAAAGCUUGGUGUGCUGUUUGUACACCAGGGUCCCGGGGGGAGCCCUGUGAUACACAAACCAAGGUUUUCUGUUGGGUUAAGUGUCAGUGUGAGCAAUAGAGCCACGCCCCUCUUUUCCUGCUAGUAUAAACCGCUUCCUGCAUAGCAUUAAGAUCUCUUAGUCUACUAUUUCCUGAAAUGACCUUGUAGAAAUCUGCACUGUUAGCAAAUUGAUGAUGGACGGGGGUGAUAAUUAUCUGGAUUUUCUUCUGGCCCCAAAGAUGCAGCCUCUGUAGUUAAACCCCUUAAACAAAAUCCCCAAAUCCAUCCCUUUCCCUCACUGAAAUACUGUAGAAUAAGAGCACUGGGUAAGUAUACUUGGACAUAUGCCUAAUCUUAGAAAGUUCCUAGGAGGUCUGUGGCCUUGACCGAUUACUCAGUUGCUCCUGGCUUAUUUCUGACAGAUGCCUCUCUUGGAAGCAGGGCUGUUGGUUUCCUCUGUAGCCUUCUAGGUAUACAGCAGGUAUUGCUGCAUGCUGAGUGGCAGAUUGGUUAGGGACAGCCAUGAUAGGAAAGAGGAGGAGCAUGGAGUGAUUUUUUGGAGUGAUAGCUACUUUGAGUCUAGAUUACAGAGCUUGCCCCACCCUUAGAAUGUUAUUUAGACCAAGUUUAGCUUUUAGAGCCCAGGUCUGGUUAAUUGCCAGGGUAGCAGUGAAUCGCAUGCACCAAUAUUAACAGGAGCAAAAUGCCUUAUUAGUUGAAGAUCGAAUUUCACAUGUAGAGAUGUAAUCGCUGUGAUUAAGCUGCAUAUGUAUGCUGGGGAAUGGCUUACGUGGAUGACUAGUGUAAAAGUUGUUGGUCAUGAUGUCACUAAGACCUCUCAUUUGCCUGAAAUGUGGAACUGUAUUCUAAAAUCUCUGCCACCAGGGGUCUUGUUCACUACAAAAUAAAUCCAAAUUUCACAGAACUUUGCAGCAGUUCACAACUGGACAGGAUUGUGUCUGCAAACUCUCUUGUCUUCACAGAUUUCCAAUAAAGUAAAACUCUGGAUCUCA